AGCCAGUGACAGGUGGAAGAUCUUUCGUUGUUCAACAGCAACAACAACUUCUAUUUCGAAUAUUCUUGGGUUCUUCUGUAAUCUGCGGCGUUAUUUAAAAACAAAAGAAAAUGGCGGACGCAAAAAAGGGAGCCCUUGGGGACUUUUUCAAGAAGAAGAAGAAAGUCGCAGUCAAAUCUCUGAACCUGAACGAAGAGUCCACGACUGCUUCCAAGCCGCUCGAGAAAACUGUCAGUGUUAUGAUGAAAGAUACAACUACUUAUCUUUUUUCUUUCUAUCGAACUACUUAUGUUACAGCUGUUGAAUACCAUUACCACAAGAGAGAGAAUGUCAUCAUUCCAAUGCAGCUAGUUCCAUGGUUGAAGUACGACCACACCAACACUCCACCAAUAUCUUUUCUCAUGCCAUUCUGAGUUUGUGUUGACUCGUCCCUUGCACUCGCACCAUUUCCCCCUUGGAGUUACGUCUCGCCCUUGCUUUACCCCUCACCGCAUGGUCUUUCGCCGCCCAGUAAUACUAACUGUCAUGAUCUCCCACAUGAUUUUCCCUUUUCAUAUCCCUGACCGGCAACGAAGGAGGAGACUCCACCACGAACAAAAAGGCCAACAAGGAUGGUUGGAAGGAUGAGACUUCGAACCGUUUCGAGGAUGUGAGCCCGUCUAAGGCUCGUAUGGUUGCCAACCUCGCUGAUGUGCAGGCUGCGGAGGAAAACAACAAGAAGUCCAAAACAUGGUCUGACAAGCCAGUCGGUGGAGCAGCCGCAGCCAGAGGAGGAGCUUACCAAGUGCCAAGCCAUCAACCUGGGUACGACUAUUUUUAGCUGAUAAUUUGUUUGAUCAUCAUGUUGAGCAUGAGCAACUAUUUACAGACAGGACAGUGUCUAAGGAUAUGGAUCAAGCAGAUGUUUUCCAUUUUCUUUGUGAUAGAGUUUGAGGUAAUAGAUUAAGUACGCUUCACAACCAACAGGCAAGUGACCCAGAGCAAGUUUCCGGAGUUGCACAAGGCUGUGGGGUAUGGCGGUUUGCAGGUGAAGGCUGAGCCGGCGCCGCUGGUUGCUAAGCAGGGCAACGCAUUCGCGGGUUUGAACGUGGAUGACGACAGUGACGAGGAGCAGGAGCGACUGAUGAAGCCGGCUCUCGUGACCAAGGUGAAGGGUCAGAAGCAGUACACCGCGCCGACGAAUUUAUUCGGCGCUACGCUGAACCGAAAGGACGCGGACGACGAUCCGGUGGCUGAGCGUGAGGCGAAUGAGAAAAUGAAGCGCAAGUUGGAAAAGGAAGCCGAGAAGGCGAAGGCUAAAGCAGAGCGUGAAGCGGCAAAGGCAGAGGAAUUGAAGGAACAAGCUGCAACGAAAGCGGCGUCGGCUGCAGCUGAGGUUUUUGACGCGUCGAAAUUCUCCUACGGACAGUUCAACGUUACGGCAUGCGAAGCCAAAUACGCUGAACGCGAAAAACUCGUCGCGGCCUGCUAAACUUCUACUUCUUAUCAGAGUGCUCUAUAACUACAACAAGAAUGGAGACGAGGACGAAGUUUCACUACAGUAAAAUACAUCAAGUAGUUUACCAUUGCUACUACUACGUGUUCAUGAACAUCAAGAACAUGCACACUGUAAGUGGUUGCUCUAGUAACCAAAUACCUUGCUAGACGUAGGUAGAAGAGGGACAGAUGACCCGAUUGCAAUUUAUUGAACACAGACGCGCCCGCGUCUUGUUCUAGACUUCUUCUUUCGGAUGAAGCCCUAGUAGCAGGAGAAGUUGCUUCUCCUUCCAGCACGACUUGUCCACGUCGUCAUCAUCUCUUUCCGACUUUUCCAGCUUGGAGAUGGACUACAUUGCGAUACCUCACGUCGCAAACAAAACACCAGAUGAUGAAGACCCAGACCGGUUGUUUGUGACAAACUGCAAGAAAAAUCGAUGCUGAACUUGAAAUGUUUCUUCGAUUUCAUUCACAAGAAGAAUGAUAAGGAUAACAUAAGUACAAUUUUCAUAUAAAAGACGCACUGCUGAAAUCUUUGACCGAAUACAUGCAUCUUCAUUUUCGUUUUCCCGCCGUUUCACUCAUUCAAAAUUGUGAUCACAUGAAAAAUUGAUCACAACGAGCUUCCCGGUGCCGAGCUCGUCAAUCUGAGUCGUUGCUUCCACCUUAUUUCACAGGCAAGAAGAAUAAGAAGUUGUUGACACAGAUGCAUGUCCAUGUAGAACUUAUUUUUCAGGAUGAUAGAGUUAGAGAG